AUACCCGUGUCAACAGCAUAUAUUAACAGUUAAAGCUCACACAUUUACAUUUAAGUGACGACUUGGUACAUAUCAACAUCAUACAUACAUCUUCUGAUCCAGCCGCCGAAAGAUGGCAGACAAUAAGGAAGAAACAAUAAGAGUGUAUCACCACACAAAUAAGGAAGGAGCCGAGGGGAUAUUGCAAUCAGGAUAUAUCGCGCCAUCGACUGAUACGACAACAGAUGCCAGAUAUGGUCCAGGUGCCUACAUGACCAGUUAUGGUCCGGAGAAAAGCCAGGACGAAAUAGCAAGGAACAACUACGACGGAUACCAAGAUACUUUGGCAAAUCAAAUGGUAAAGGCGGGCAAGACGGACGCGAUUAUAGCCAUUGACAUACCAAAAAGUCAGGUUACCAAGGCAGAUUCGGAUCGUGACAUUUAUGUAGCAGAGGGAAAUGUCACUCUUGCAGACAAGAAUCCCAGUGUUUAUGUCCGAGAUAAAAGCGGAAAGGCUAAUGUGUACAAACCCAAAAAGUAACCUUAUCCCUCACUGCUCUUAAUGAAGUAUUUCUGAUGCGUUUUGAAAUACAUGAUUCAUUAUGAUUCGCAACUUUUAAAUUCGUGUCGAUAUAUAAUAACAAAUAUUUCCUUUCAAAGUAUUUCAAUUCUUUAAUAAAAUAUAUCUCUGAACUUGA